UUAUGCAAGAAGUCAAGAAACCAAGCAUAAAAGCAGAACAACCAACCUUCUUUUGGAAGUUCUUCUCUUUCUCUCUCUUCUUAUGCAGAUUCUCUAAACCACUAGUUAUCCUUGAGUGCUAUCAAUAUCAAAACUCAAAAGAAAGAAAGAAAAAGAAGAUGAAACGAAUGGAUAUCUUCUGUGCAUCCCAAGCUUCAACAGCCAUAUGUUUGACCAUGGAUCAAGCCUCAUCCUCUUGCUCCUCAGCAUCCGCCAUUCAGCUUGGUGGCCGAGCCAUCGACCGCCACAACCCCAUCAUUCGAGACGCCAAGAGAUUCACCAGAACUCUGCCUUCCAACCCUUGUACAUCUCAGCCGCCGCCAAUCAAUCCUUUGCCUUACCAUCAGCUUAGGAAGACCGAGAAAAGGUCUUCAUCAAGCAAGCCAAAUGAUCAUACAAAGAAGAGUUCUGCAGCUUCAGCUAAGUCCAAAGAUCACAAGAAGAAAAGCUCGACUAUGAGCAGUUCAUUGAAGCCAACUGAUCAUACCGUUAGCAGGAAAAGCACUUCUGACAUAAAAGAUGCAGAUUCUGGUAGGAAGAGCUUUGCCAAGGCGGUCGAUUUUGUCACCCCUCCUGGCUCCUCUAGGUACCUCUUGGGUGACGCUGCGCUUUUCGAUGGAAUAUCGGAUUAUGAUCCAGUUUGGGCAUUGGUUCCUGCCGAAACAAAGAACAUUCAAGCUAUAAAGCAAGAUCAAUCCGUUGUUUCGAAACCCUCUUCCUCCUCUCUCUCAGAGAAGCCUUCUGCAGACCAGGUUGUGGUUUUAAGGGUGUCAUUGCACUGCAAAGGCUGUGAAGGAAAAGUGAGGAAACAUCUAUCUAGAAUGGAAGGAGUGACAUCCUUCAGCAUCGACUUCGCAGCAAAGAAGGUGACAAUUGUUGGAGAUGUAACACCAUUAGGGGUCCUGGCAAGUGUGUCAAAGGUGAAGAGUGCACAAUUGUGGACAUCGUCAAUGUCUGCCUCAUCUGCAUCGACAGCUCUUGCCUCUGGCAAUUUAGCAACCAAGAAAUAAUACUAAUAGCAAUGUUUUGAAGAAGAAAUCUAAAGAAAUUAGACUACUUUUGCUUGUGAACCUGAUAAAUUUAGUGUGUACAUGGAACUUGGUAUUGGUAGCCGAAUCAGAAUCUCUGUUGCUUGGACAAAAGUUGAAAAAAAAAAAAGUAGUGGGGAAGUUAUUUGGUUC